AUGUCUGAUAACGAGUAUGGCGAUGGAGACGGAGGGGAAGAAUACGACGUGUUUGCUAACGAGGAUGACGACCCCCAAGUAGACGAGCCCACGCCGCUGGAGGCCGAUCCUGCGGACAUGGAGGUCGUAGACGCGGCGGACGCGGGAGGGGCGGGGUUGAGGAGCGCUGACGACCGCAUAACAACAAAGUAUAUGACCAAGUACGAGCGGGCGAGGAUUUUGGGGACAAGGGCAUUGCAAAUAAGGUGGGUGACAACGAGUGUACGCAUACGGAUGGCUGUAUAA